AUCUGGGGUGGGUUUUUUUUCCACCUCGCCCGGCUAGGGCGGAACAGCCGAAACGCGCAGGAGCUCCCUGAACCUUAAACAGCGCCGGCCUUCGCCCGUGGGCCGCGGCGGGUCUGCGUGUCCUGGGCUUUCCGAGCGUCCCCCGCGGCUUCUAGCGAGCUGGAGAUCGCUUUAAGACCAGACACCUCAGAAACACGCGUGGGCUGCGAGGGACCACGGCCCAGCUUGGCUUUCCCACCGUGGUGUGGGACCCUCGGACGCCUCCCGGUCGCUUCGCUCCGGUACAUCCAGCCGGCGCGAGCGGCCCACGCGCGCCGCGGACAGGCCGGCGGCGGGUCGCUCCUCCCUCACGCGACGGCCAAGCGUGAGGCGCGGGAGGACACGCGCACCAGCCUCGCUUUGACGCUCGACCUUCAGCACGUGACCCCCGCCGGCUGCGGGGCGGGGGAGGCGGCGAUUCUUCGACUCGGCGCUCAACAGCCGCGCCCCCUCGCGACACCCGGCCGGCGGCGCGAGGGUGAAGUCCGCGCGCGCCACCCGCUUCCUUAUUGGCUGCCGCAGCGCGCGACUGGCGGCGCGCGGGAAGAUGGCGGCGCUGGGGUCCCCGCUGCGGACCUUGCGCGGGCUCCUGCGCGAGCUCCGCCGCGCCAGCGGCCCCGCCGGCCGCCCGUACCGGGACACGGCCGCCUACCGGCACAUCCUGGCGGCCUUCCGCGCGCACCGGGUGACCAGCGAGAAGCUGUGCCGGGCCCAGCAGGAGCUGCACUUCCAGGCCGCCACCUACCUCUGCCUGCUCCGCAGCGUCCGGGAGCAGGCGGCCCUGCACGAGGCGUACCACGGCAAGGGGGAGCGCUCGCCUGAGGAGGUCGCCGGGCUGGUGGGGUUCAGCCUGCCGCAGCAGCCCGGAGGGAAGGGAUAACGUGGUCCUGUCUUGUGCCCUAUUUGUUCCCGAAUAAACAGCCCCGACUGUGGAAA